GCCGCCGGAAUUGGUCAUGCCGGACGGAAGCUGGGGGGCGGGGCCAGACGGAGCCUGGAAGGACCCCGGAGGAGAAGCGGAGUCCUUGUGGCUGUGCUGCCCCUCCCCUGGUCCCGGUGCAGCUGGAGGGGCCCGGCCGGGGUGCUGCGAGGGCUCCGGGAGGUUGAAGGCUAAGCAUGGGGAAGAGCUGCAAGGUGGUCGUGUGUGGCCAAGCAUCUGUGGGCAAAACUUCAAUCCUGGAGCAGCUUCUGUAUGGGAACCAUGUAGUAGGUUUUCUCUUCAUUUCAUUCCAGGUUCUGAGAUGAUUGAGACCCAGGAAGACAUCUACGUGGGCUCCAUUGAGACCGACCGGGGGGUGCGGGAGCAGGUGCGUUUCUACGACACCCGGGGGCUCCGAGAUGGAGCUGAACUGCCCCGGCACUGCUUCUCCUGCACUGACGGCUAUGUCCUGGUCUACAGCACGGACAGCCGAGAGUCCUUUCAGCGUGUGGAGCUGCUCAAGAAGGAGAUAGACAAAUCCAAGGACAAGAAGGAGGUCACCAUCGUGGUCCUGGGCAACAAGUGUGACCUGCAGGAGCAGCGGCGUGUCGACCCCGACGUGGCUCAGCACUGGGCCAAGUCCGAGAAGGUGAAGCUCUGGGAGGUAUCUGUGGCCGACCGCCGCUCUCUGCUGGAGCCCUUCAUUUACCUGGCCAGCAAGAUGACCCAGCCCCAGAGCAAGUCUGCUUUCCCCCUCAGCCGCAAGAACAAGGGCAGUGGCUCCUUGGAUGGCUGAAGAGCUGCCGUCCCUUCUCCACCUUCCCAGCCUCACUCCAGCUUCUUGGGCUCUGCCAGAUGUGUCCGGGGUGGGGUUAGGCAAGUUGUCCUUCCCAGGCCAGGCAGCUGGGCUGUCCCAGGCUCAGGUCACUUUCGCUCCCUCCUGACUCUGGGAAGUGCAGAUAAUCUAGGCUAGUGCCCCCAAGUCCUCCCUCCCCUCCAGCUCUCAUCAUCCCCACCCUGCUUUGACCUGGGGCAGUUGUGGGUCAAUGUAGCCGGGAAGCAGCGCUGCCAUGCAGAAGUGCCCGGUCCAGGCUCUGGUUCCUGUCAUGGGUCCCCCUGCCUGUGGGUUUCCUGCCACUGACAGACACAUGCACACGCUCACACACUUAAACUUAUGACAUCAGCCUGGACGCUGGAGAAAGGCGUCCAGGCCUCACAUAUGUGCGUGUACACGUGUGCACUUGUGCAUGUGUGUGCCUGCUGGUGUCCAGCUCUGACACCUGAUCUUGUGUCCUCUCCUUGGCUGGAGAAAGCCAGCCUCCUGGGAAGUGUAAUUAUCUGCUUUCACUCUCCCCUCCAGUUGUUUUGGUUCCUCUUCCUGCUCAGGGAGCACACGGCCCUCAUUGGCUGAGAUGGGAUGGCAUGAUGGCCGGGCUUUACCAGCUGGCUUUGGGAACCUGCAAAGCCUUUCCCCUCUCUGGGCUUCAGUUUUCUCAUCUGUAAGGUGAUGGGAGUUGCUUAGAUGAUCUUCUGGAUCCUCUCCAGCCCUCAGAUUUGAUCGUGCCUGUGGCUUCGGGCUGGCAGUUACUGUGCCCUUGGCUUCUCCCUCUUUCAAGGUGCUAUGCCCCCUGGCCCUGGAGGCUGAGACACUGCUCCCCCCAACCACCAGGGGGCAGGAGUGCACUGUCCGCUCUAGUCGCCAGAGUGGCCGCCCAGUGCCCAAUCAGCGGACCUCACACCGGUGGGGCCUGGUCUUCACCCCUUCCUGUGGUUGUUUUCAGCUAAUAGCUGGACUUCUAUUUAUAAAUUACUUGUGUUUCUCUGCCUGCUGCCAUGGUGAAGGCUGGACAAGGUGCUCCUCUCACCCUUCCUUACCUCAGAUGCCUGAACAGAACAAGGCAAACCAGUAGCAGCCUCUCAGGAGCUGAGAGAUCUGUCGGGGCUCUGAAGGAUGGUUACACUUGCAACAUGCCGUAAAGCGCGCUUGUCACCCACCACUUCCCGCAUCCACUUAAUGCUUCUAAUGUGCACACCCAUCACAGAGGAGACGCUAGAGCCAGGUGACCUCUAGUACCUGCCCCUUCUCCGCGAGAUGGGAGAGGUGAGCAGGACAGGCCACCCAGAGCUGGGUGAGUCAAACUAGGGCAUAUACAGGCUCGGGCUUGAAUUCAUUUAUUGAUGCGUUGGACACAAUAAAACCACAACUGUUAUCAAAAA